CUUUAGUUUUAACGUUAAAGCCUAGUCUACUUCUGUAAAUCACACAAAUUAGACGGGUGGGAUUACAUUUUCUGUUGUUAUCGUCAUUCAUUUAAAGAAAGCAUGUCUACUAUUACACGAGUCGUUUCUGGGGAGGCAAGCGAAUCAGAUUCGGACGACGAACUGACUGCAGCAGCCGAGCUUGUAGCGGGCCGCAGCCAGUCGUCCAUCGGGGAGGAGCUGCGGCAAGCAGGUGUCGUGGUUCAGGGCGAGGCUUCGGAAACGGAUAGCGAGGAAGAUGAAGAAAUGCAUCUAGCUAGGGCAGAACAACAGCAAUUUCCUUCACAGUCAAACAUUCCGCCGCUGAAAGUCAACCGAGCAUCUCGUUCUCCAUCCAUCGGCAGCCAGUCCUCCAUCAAGUCGGUCUCCUCGGCCUCGCAGGUCAAGGUGUCGCCGCUGGACCCGCCCCGUUACGACACCCUCCUCCACAGGAAGCUACGAGAGCGCAACAUCAGUCUUCAGGUCAGUCUCCAGGAGGCAGUAGCUCAGGCCAUACAGGCCAAGCACAAGGAGUUCAGCAACACCAACCAGAUGCUCACCAAGUCACAGAUGGUCAUCCAGGAUGUAUGCUACAGUAUGCGACAUUUCUCAGACGACAUCAAGCGCACCAAUGAAAAACUGGACAUCAUCAGUACAAGUGGAUAUUUGCCAGAAUUUAACUUUCCAUCCAAUGGAUCAUGAUGAGGCACAGCUCCCAGAUGGUUUUUGGUUGUUUAUGUACAUUUAUUUGUACAUUUAUACACGUUGAUGGCGAUCAGUGAUACAAGUACUUACCUGCAGAAUGUCUUGACGGAAGUGAGACAAUUCAGUAAACUGAUGACAGACUAAAUCAUAAUAAUAAUAUUGAUAGUUACAUUUAUGUUGCACACAUAUUCUAUUGCUCACACAUCCAUUGCAGGGGAUGUUCGAGGUGCCUUCAAAGUACUAGGUUACCCUGGCUUUAGGCCCACUGCCUAAAGGCUCUCUAAGCAUUCAUGGAAUAAUUUCCUACCAGGUACGGUAACUAUUUACCACACCUGGGUGGAGAGUGGUUAGUGUAGAUUAAUGUCUUGCCAAAGGACAUUAGUGCAGUGCAGUGCAGUGACGGGACUUUAAUUGCAAACCAAGCGAUUCAUGGUCUGGUGACGUAUUUGUUAGACCAUGACACCUCCAUGCCAAAGAGAAUAGAGAAAUCACUCUAUCAUGCAGAGUUUUAAAGGAAGGCAGGUGCAUUCUUCAGUCUGAAUUUCAACAGUUUCCAGAUUUCUUGGACAUUAAUCUAUUAAAGGACAAUAAUAAAUGUAAAAAUAAACAUAAAUCAAGUCUUUCACUGUAAGACGUUUUAUUUCCAGCUUCAACUCGUAAUCCAAUUUGAGUGAGAAGUUUUUGGUGAACCUUGUUUUG